AUGUCCUGGCCUUGUUCUCCAUCUCUCUUCCAUUCGGCCAGCCAUCCUUGCCUCCUUCACCUCCACAGUCCUGGAUCGUCUGACAAAGUUCUGCAACAAGAUGACUUGUGCUACCGGUGGAUGCAACGGACUCAAGUGCAACAAAGGAUUCUGCGCGUGCAACACCAAGCCAGCGAAGAAGGACUAAAUGAUGCUCAAAGACAGAUCUGUGUUAUUUUGUCACGU